GCGCGCGCAGGUGCAUCCGCUUCUCUCAGGGCGCCUCCCGCCGCCGUCGCGGGGCAGCGCCCGGGGAGAGGUCGGUCUUCGCUCUCGGCAGCGCGGAGCGCAGGUUCUUCCCGUGCUUCGACCGCCCCGGGUGAGGGGAGGGGAGAGGGAAGACCGGAGGAGGGCGCGGAGGCAACGCCGUCACCAGAGGAGGCGGUGGCGGGGAAGAGGAGGAGAAGAAGCCGGCGCGGAGCCUCGCCUCACCUCGCCUCGCCUCACAGCCCCUUCGCCGUCCUCGCCUCGCCGUCCACGGCCGCCGGACUCACCGGCGGCCGCCCGUCCUCAUGAUGGCCUCGACCACCUGCACACGCUUCACCGACGAGUACCAGCUCUUCGAGGAGCUCGGAAAAGGGGCGUUCUCCGUCGUGAGGAGGUGUAUGAAAAUCACCACAGGACAAGAGUACGCUGCCAAAAUUAUCAACACCAAAAAGCUUUCAGCUAGGGAUCACCAGAAACUGGAGAGAGAAGCUAGAAUCUGUCGCCUCCUGAAGCAUCCUAAUAUUGUGCGGCUCCAUGACAGCAUAUCAGAAGAAGGAUUCCAUUACUUAGUCUUUGACUUAGUCACUGGAGGUGAAUUAUUUGAAGAUAUAGUUGCAAGAGAGUAUUAUAGUGAAGCAGAUGCCAGUCAUUGCAUUCAGCAGAUCCUGGAGGCCGUGCUGCACUGCCAUCAGAUGGGCGUGGUCCAUCGUGACCUCAAGCCUGAGAACUUACUUCUAGCUAGCAAAUCCAAGGGAGCGGCAGUCAAACUGGCAGACUUUGGAUUGGCUAUAGAAGUCCAGGGAGAACAACAAGCUUGGUUUGGCUUUGCUGGUACUCCAGGGUACCUUUCUCCAGAAGUGUUACGAAAAGAUCCCUAUGGAAAACCUGUGGAUAUGUGGGCAUGUGGAGUCAUUCUGUACAUCCUCCUGGUGGGAUACCCUCCCUUCUGGGAUGAAGACCAGCACAGGCUUUACCAGCAGAUCAAGGCUGGUGCUUAUGAUUUCCCCUCACCAGAAUGGGACACGGUGACUCCUGAAGCAAAAGACCUUAUCAAUAAAAUGCUCACCAUCAACCCAGCAAAACGUAUCACAGCAUCAGAAGCACUAAAGCAUCCAUGGAUCUGUCAACGUUCUACUGUUGCCUCUAUGAUGCACAGACAAGAGACUGUAGAUUGCUUGAAGAAAUUCAAUGCAAGAAGAAAACUAAAGGGGGCCAUUUUGACAACAAUGCUGGCUACCAGAAAUUUCUCAGCAGCCAAGAGUUUACUGAAAAAGCCGGAUGGAGUUAAGAAAAGGAAGUCCAGUUCGAGUGUUCAGAUGAUGAUAAACAACAAAACCAACGUGGUAACCAGCCCCAAGGAAAAUAUUCCUACCCCGGCGCUGGAGCCCCAAACUACAGUAAUCCACAACCCUGAUGGAAAUAAGGAAUCAACAGAAAGUUCCAACACGACCAUCGAAGAUGAGGAUGUGAAAGCGGGCAAGUCCAUGAGAAAUGCAAACUCAGAGAGUCAAUCGCUUGAGUCUGAGCUCUCCCACUCCACUCCUUCCUCUGUACUAUCUCGUAAGCAGGAGAUUAUCAAGGUGACCGAGCAGUUGAUUGAAGCCAUCAACAACGGGGACUUCGAAGCUUACACAAAAAUCUGUGAUCCAGGCCUUACGUCUUUUGAACCUGAAGCUUUGGGUAAUCUGGUAGAAGGGAUGGACUUCCACCGGUUUUACUUCGAAAAUGCUCUGUCCAAAAGCAACAAGCCGAUCCACACGAUCAUCCUGAACCCGCACGUGCACCUGGUGGGCGAGGACGCGGCGUGCAUCGCGUACAUCCGCCUGACGCAGUACAUGGAUGGCAGCGGCAUGCCAAAGACUAUGCAGUCCGAGGAGACGCGCGUGUGGCACCGGCGCGACGGCAAGUGGCAGAACGUGCACUUCCACCGCUCGGGCUCGCCCACCGUACCCAUCAAUGCCUAGCGCAGAGGGAUCCCACCACGGCUCCAGCCCCUAGAUGCUACGGUAAUACAAAUGAUGCUACAACCUCAGUUAGCUACAUACUUGCUUCCAGCUCCUUUCCCUUCCUUCUCUCUCUGCAUUCAGCUCUGGCAUGUCCUGCAUGUGAAUGACACCUGAUUCUUCCUUGUCACUUGGUCCAGUCUUUGUACAAGAACCUCAGUCCAUGGCAGUGCCUGCGAUGUCCAUGCUGAGGAAGUUAAGUUACACCCAGAGAUUCACAGCUGAAUUCUACCCUCCCUCCCUUAAGGAAUCCCUUAAGACACUUUGGCUUCCUGGCUGAAUUUUCUUUUUUAUUUUCACAGCCCCUCUCUGGCAUCUUGUAAAGAUGGAAAAUGUCUGUAAAGUGGUUUGAAAAAUAAAAAUGCUUUGCCUGAGUGGAGGUUUUUUCCCUUGUUUUUUCCCCAGUAUCAUGUUUAGUGAUCUCGACAAGAUGGGUUUUUUUUCAAUAGCAUUGGCUAACACUUGAGCAUGUGUUGUUAUCUGGUGGUGAUGUUACCUCAGUAAUGGAAAUCUGUUUUUUUUUUUCUCCUUCCUCCUAGCUAAAAAUAUCAGCGGUGCCGCUCUUGCAUUUUCUGUACCCAACGCACCUGGUUGAUUACCAUCUUGGCCAUCCUGUUCUCUUCAUGCAUGUUUCUGAGUGCAUGAAGUUGUGAAGGUUCUUCAUGUAACACAUUUGUGAUGCACCACGUUGCUGUAUAUUCCAUCUGUACACUGUUACAUUUCAAUGAAGGUGAUGUUCCAUGCAAUUAGAGAAUAACAAGGCGUAAAAGACAAAAAAGAGAUAUUGGAUGGACAGCAGUAGACACAUAAUACAUUUGUCACUUGCUCCAUUUAUGCCAAGUUUUGACAGACAACUUUAAAAUCUAACGCGUUUAUUAAAAAAAAAGGAAAAAAAAAGAAAAAGUAUAUUUUACCUUCUUUUUUUAAGAACUGUUUUUGACUCCUCCUUUUCUCCCGAGUCCCAGGAUUUUGCUUUGGUUCUGGUAGGAAUGGUUAGGAUUUCCGCUGGCAGCUCCUUUACUGUAAAACAGGUUUUUAUCCUAGAUGGACAAAAUCACUGAUAAAUGCAGAAGUGUUAAUAUCUUGGCUUUGGACCAGCUGCAGCCUUCUUAGUUAAAUAGUCUAUGUAAACUGGAAAAAUCUUCUUGUUUGUUGGCCUGGCCACUCCAGAAUUAACUGUCAGUGUUCUGGGAAGUCAGCAGCUUCCAUUUUCCUUUUGAGUCCUUUUCGCUUUCUUAUUUUGCUUAACUGAACGGUUCUGUUGGAUGAUUAAGCAAAAUUAAAAAUUGUAAGGAACUAAGUGAUAAUUGAGAGACAGUUUUUGAGGAUUAAAAUGGAAGGAAAGAGAAAGAUUUUUAUCACUUUUAGGAUGUACUGUAAAUUUUUUAAGGAGGCUUUAAAAAUACAAUAUGUGGGUUAAUGUAUAGACAAGUUGUGUGGAUAAUAUACUCAAGAAAUAUUAGGCCUUAAAGCUAAGUAUGAAGAGUUUACUUACAUUACACUGCUGCUUUUGCUUCUCUGGAAAUGAAUUACGGAGACACCGGUUUUCCGUGGGACCCUAGCACUUUACCACAGUCUCCCCCUCUUGCCCUCAAUCCGCUCGUGUUUUCUCAAGCUCCCCUGGCAGUGUUCGGUGUUGAGGCCGGCGAUCCCAACGGGUUUGUCCUGGCUCUGGGCCGAGGGUGGAACGCUGUGCUGGCAGUGUGGAACACCAACUUUGCAGCAGGGACUAGUUCUCCUUCCCUCACAUUGCUGUAAAAAUACACCCUCGCAAGAAUUUCACUUUCUUCCCUUCCACUGCUGCCGGGAAGCCCAGGCUGGGCUGCUCGUGUUCUCCCUGUGGUUCUGUUAGCAGCAGGCUCCUGCUCCCGCAGCGCUGUACAGUGCAUGGUAUCUCAGUCAGUGUCCUUUUUAGCCGUCCAAAAUUUACAGCUCGGCAGCCGGGACUUUUUAAAAUGGGAAAGCUUCCUAAUUUGUAUCAUUUCACCUUUCUGUGUUGAUUACUAAUCAGAAGCAGUUCUUAAACAUGUUGAUGUUGUUACUAGUGGAUGUAUGGUAGAUGGACUUAAGCUUCUCUGAUAAUUACUACAUGAUUUUAAACAAUAUAUAUUUAAAGUAAGCAUCUACAAUAAAUGUGUUGAGCCAUAUUAACCUGCCAAUGGGAUCUGUGAAAAAAAGUAAUGGCCUCAUUUUUUUCUCAUUAAUUUUUUUUCUUUUUUUUUUUUCUUUUUUUUUUUUUUUUCUUUUGUGAAGCGGCUGUAAGUGGCAUAACUAUAUUUAAAAUUAACAAAUUAGGUGUAGGGUGGUUUUUUUAUACUUCUAACAUAGCAUGUGGUGUUGAUGUAUUACUGUAGACCAAGUUUGUCUUCCACACCAAGACGUGAGGAAAUUGUGAUUUGUUCUCUCCACCACAACUGAAUUACAUACUUCUGUCAUUUUGGAACACUGCAAUUUACCAUGGGACACAGUGUACAUAUUUCUUGCCAUAAUGGUAAAUGAUUGAUAUAUUUAAGGAUUAAUAAAUUUGUGAUUUCUGCUGA